GAGGUGGCCUUAUUAUUGGUGCAUUUCCUCCUUUGAGCGGUGUAUCCGGGUGAUACUCAGGGUGACAUUGAGCAAGAUGAUCUACACGCAAGGCUACCAAAUUUGUAACGUAAUGAAAACCUCUCAGUGACGAAAUGUCACGGAAAGGGUCUCACGGUGUAUGAGCACCAUGGACACCCGACCACCAUGCACUUUCACGCACAGAACAACCAGAUCAGCUAGGAAUGCAUUAUUCACGUCAUACUCCCACAUAUACUAGAAGCGGUAUCAUAUAGAAGGUGGUUAUUAGAGCAUGUGUGGGCAUUUCUAUGUACUGCGGCUUCCUGAAUUUUCCUCAAAAUCACAAAAAACUUUCUCACUAUGGAUGAUUCCCACGAAGAGCCUUUACCCAUAGGCUUUCGAUGGCGUUCCUCAAAGUGGUUCGUUCUCUCGACCAUCGCAGUCGCAUUGUUUGCCGAGACUUUCCUCUAUGGAUUUCUGGUCCCCAUCCUUGGUUACAUGUUGCAAAAACGUCUGCAUGUUGAGCCCUCUCAAACCCAGAAGUUGUUCUCCACUGCACUGGCCCUCCAUGGCGCAUUUGCUGUCAUUUUCAGCCCCAUAAUCGGGCACUUCGCCGACAAGAGUACUGGCCGUAAAAAAUCGCUGUUGUUAUCACUUGGAUGCUGUAUAGUAGGCACCGUUAUGGUUGCUGCCGCUGGCUCAGUAGCUAUGCUACUAUUGGGUCGUGUGCUGCAAGGUAUUGCGGGGUCUGCGGUAUGGAUUAUUGGCUUUGCCACUGUCUCAGAUAUCUUGAACGAAGACGAUAUAGGCUUUGGAAUGGGUUUGAUGAUGUCAUUUGCAAAUGCGGGGACAAUCACCGGACCUGCAGUCUCGGGUUUGCUUAUAGAGGCUACAGGCUAUUGGGUGACGUGGUCGAUUCCGCUCAUAGUCCUCACAAUAGACCUUCUAGCUCGGGUAAUCAUGAUCGAUAACCCACACAAGAUUUCCCUCUGUUCCGCAAAUAGUGAUACAGACGGCGCGAGUCCUGAAGAUCUACAAAAUGUGCCCGGUGCGGGCAAUUUUUGGCGUGUCAUGUUAUGCGAUGGUCGAGUUCUAACUUGUCUAUUAAUUACAUUUACGAGCACAUCUGUGACUACCAGUUUACAAGCGACGCUUCCUCUACAAGUUCACCACAAAUUUGGAUGGGGUCCCAGCACUGUCGGACUCCUCUUUGCUGGUCUCGUCAUUCCUGGUGUUCUGAUUGGUCCUCUCGCAGGUUGGGUACGCGACAAGAUUUCGGCAAAAGGCCCAGCAAUAGCCUGUUCUAUUCUCCAGGCACUGGUUCUAGGGUUACUGGGCAACGCUGGCAGAGACGUUCUCUCGGAGAAUAUCCCAGCUACUGACGGUACAUUAUACAUAGUAUCCAUCAUUACAAUAGGUAGCUUGCGGCCGUUUGUAUCUGGUAUCGCUCCGGUCGAAUUAGCCGAUGCAGCCAAAAAGCGGCAAGAAAAAGCCCCGGGCGUUUUUGGGCCUCAAAGCGGUUUAUCACGAGUAUUUUCUAUGAUGGAUGCUGCGGCCUCCCUAGGAAUGAUGAUUGGUCCGAUCAUGGGCGGUUCUUUGAAAGAGCUCAUAGGCUAUGAAUGGAUGAAUUGGACAUGGGGUCUUCUUUAUCUUGCCCUUGCUGUCCUCAUAUUAUGCUUUUUAGGCCCCAGAAGAGUUACUGGGGCUGCCCAUACUGAAGACGCAUAGUAACCAAAUAUACUAUACAUCUACGCAUCUCUCGGGGCCGGGCGGUUGAGCUAUCUAGCAGGAGUAUAUUUUGAGGUUGUUUGAAGCCUUAUAUGAUGGUGGUCUCAUUUCACGGGAAUCAAUCUGGGAGCUUUUAGAUAGGACGCAUCUCGUUUUUAUUUAGCGUUCAUUUUGUCUUCUCAACUAUAUUUCUAUACAACACUGGAUGAAAAGUUCGAAGAAUCCAAGCAGCAGAAAUAGUCAUAAUGAUCAUAUCUUUAGAUCAAUCUUUCCAAAAUAUUGAACUUGUUUAAAUAGUUUUGCUGAUAGAUGCUCAUCAACUGCCCCACAUUCUGUCCCCGAAAAUCAUACUACCGACUUCAAUAUGAUCAUAUGCAAUAUAUAUUAGAUUUUCCAGAUGCAUCUGGAUCUUCUCCCGAUCUACAGCCUUAAUUUGAGCUUCUUUAAUUGAACUUAGAAUUUAGGCUUAAUCUGACUUUGCGUCUGUUCCUA